UGAAACAUGGCCCCAACUCUUUACAUGUUGUGUUUAUAUUUUUGUUCAGUAUAUUUAACUACAGUGGACAACAACAACAAAACUGUCAUGAAUUAUUUAUUGCUCUCCAAAACAUUUAAAUGCCAUAAUACUUUCAGUUGAAUGAUUUCAGUAAAAUUGAUCAACAGCUAUUAAUAUACCUUUUAGAUAUAACAGCUAUUAUAAAUUCAUAAAGGUUACCAGUGGUCUCAUAAUGCAUUUAUGUCUUACUAUAUGUUGUAUAUUUUAUGUAUCUGUUCAUCUCUGCUAAUCUUCAACAUGGUUCAAACAUUUUCUAAUUUCUCUGUUUGUCCCCUCACAGGUUCCAGAGGGGUCUCCUUUUCUCAGCACAUCACGUGCAGCAAGCCUCUAGAACUGGGGGUGGGCCUGCCCCACUGAUGUUCCACACAACCAUCUCCAGGGAACGGGUCACCGCUGCCAUCCUUCGAUGGCCGUCGUUUGACGGAGAAAACUGCGAAUGCUGAGCAGGCUAGUGAGGUUGGGGCCCGCCCUCAGUCUCCGCUCAUUGGCCGCUGGAUGGAAUUGAGGUGAAUGGAGCCCAUUUCCAACGUCGAGGACCCCAACUCAUCAGAGGGAGAUGAGAAACGGUGGCCCAAUGGACCAAAAAGGAAGAGAAAGAACAGCACAUGUUCGUUGAAGAGCAUGUCUGCACUGAGCCUCUCUGUCCCAGGAUACAUCCCCAGCUACUUGGAGAAGGAUGAGCCGUGUGUGGUAUGUGGAGACAAGGCCACUGGCUACCAUUACCGCUGCAUCACCUGCGAGGGCUGCAAGGGUUUCUUCAGGCGCACAAUCCAGAAGAACCUUCACCCGGCUUACUCCUGUAAGUACGAUGGCUGCUGCAUCAUCGACAAGAUCACAAGGAACCAGUGCCAACUGUGUCGCUUCAGGAAGUGCAUCGCAGUUGGCAUGGCCAUGGACCUGGUGCUGGAUGACUCGAAGCGGGUAGCCAAGCGUCGUCUGAUUGAGGAGAACCGGGAGAAGAGGAAGAAGGACGAGAUCGUGAAGACUCUACAGACACGUCCGGAGCCCGACAGCUCGGAGUGGGAGCUGAUCCGCCAUGUGACAGAGGCCCACCACCACACCAACGCGCAGGGCUCCCACUGGAAACAGAAACGCAAGUUCCUGCCUGAGGACAUAGGUCAGUCCCCCGGGGCUCCCACCCCAGACGGAGACAAGGUAGACCUGGAGGCCUUCAGCGAGUUCACCAAGAUCAUCACCCCCGCCAUCACACGCGUCGUCGACUUUGCCAAAAAACUUACCAUGUUCUCAGAGCUGCCUUGUGAGGACCAGAUCAUCCUAUUGAAAGGCUGCUGUAUGGAGAUCAUGUCGCUUCGUGCCGCUGUGCGCUACGACCCAGAGAGCGAGACGCUUACCCUGAGCGGCGAGAUGGCGGUGAAGAGGGAGCAGCUGAAGAAUGGCGGGCUGGGCGUGGUGUCGGACGCCAUCUUUGAUUUGGGCAAGAGUCUGGCGCAGUUUAACCUGGACGACUCGGAGGUGGCCCUGCUGCAGGCGGUGCUCCUCAUGAGCUCAGAUCGUUCGGGCCUGACGUCGGUAGAAAAGAUCGAGAAGUGCCAGGAGACGUACCUGCUUGCCUUCGAGCACUACAUCAACCACCGCAAGCACAACAUUCCCCACUUCUGGCCCAAGCUGCUGAUGAAGGUGACAGACCUGAGGAUGAUCGGGGCGUGCCACGCCAGCCGCUUCCUCCACAUGAAGGUGGAGUGUCCCAACGAACUCUUCCCUCCGCUCUUCCUGGAGGUCUUCGAGGACCAGGAAGUAUGAACUGACCCCUGACUUUUGACCUGGAAGAGAUAGAAGAGAGAGGGGGGAAUUAUGAGGGGGAAAGAAAAGGAGUAAAAAUUGGCCUCUUUCCUCAUUUUGUGAAACACAGUAUCACCACCAGCAACACGGAUAGUCACCAAGAAAAAAGUCACAGAGAAAAACAAAAAGGCUUUCUUUUGCAUAGCCGUUUUGAUGAUUUGUUUCUGUCCCCUCCUGGCCGCACUUGGGGCCCUUAUGGCUACUGGGCCCCACUUUGAGUUGGGUUGUGGGGCCCCCCUCUGAAGUGAGGUUCUCUGGCUGCAGGGCCUCUCUCUGAGUUGGGGUUCUCUGGCUGCACCCCCCUUCUGAGUUAAUGGUCUAUGGCCGCGCUGUGCGUCUCUAUCUAACAGGGAAGCUAACAGCCCUGAGCGGAGUUCUGCUCCUGUGUUGUUAUACACCUGGUGCACAUGUAUGCAAACCCAAACCCCCGAAAUCUGGUUGGAGUACUGGUACUGGUGGAGCUCUGUGUUAGUGGAAGGCAAUCACUCUGAGAGGCAGAUGGUUGACACAAACAUACACACUUACAAUCACACAAUUUUACAAAAUCAAACCUCACACAUACAGCUACUGAUGUACAUCUACAUUCACCUAACACACACACACUACUAUAGAAAAACAUAUUCAUACAGUACAUGGACUGACAUAGCUUUUCAGAGCUGCCCAUCACUCGAGGAGGGCAGAUAGCUUACUUUAUUUUGUCCCACAAUCGAGCUUCCAUCAGGGGGCUCCACCCUCCAACCAGCUCCCCUCUUCACCGGCCUCCUCACCAGCCUCCACUGGGACAGUUACCAAGUGUACCCCCACACUUCUCUCUUUUGGACUCUUCCCUUCCACCACUGAUGUACAGCCCAAACUCCUCCUAGCCAAGACGUGUACUCGUGAACCUACCUCAUUUACACAGAGUUACACAUAUUACCUCCCUUUAUGACAAUGCAAACACACAUACCUAUUUAUGAAUGCAAACAAUAUCCAAUUUGUUGUGCAAUAGUGCAAGUGUACCCGCAUGUAUAUACGCAACCCUUUACCCUCACACAUACAAGUACUGUAUACCUAUCUUACUGCAUGUAUACAGUACACCGGUCUACCUGCAUGCACAUACAUACCUCUCUCAACCCGUAUGCAUGUAUAAAUAGACAUACCUGUCAAGCUGAAUACACAUAUAUACAGUAAACAUAACUGUCUACCUGUGUAUAUGUGUACCUCUCCUAUACAUACCUCUCUCUGUGUGUACACACACAAUACAAUAGUUUGCUGUUCUUUUACCUCGUAUGACAGUUGAUCCUCACCUAGGUUGUGUCAUUCCACCCAUCCCAAACCUCCACUACAUCUCCCUUUUGGGCUGCACUGCACUUCCUGGUUGCAGACUGUGUGUGUCUCCUCUAUGUUGCCCUGCCCAUCACACAGGACUCCCGCCCCCUCUGAUGUGGGAUUGGUUGAGGGACCGGGGGGGUGUCACUGACAGAUUCUACCUCGCCUCUCAUGUCAGAGCAGCUGCCCCUCUGAGUGCAAAACAAAUACACUUCCACAGUUGCCAAUAUAGACCUGUUUGGUCCCCUACUACACCGUUCAGUAUGGUUCUAUGACCCCUGAAAUGUGAGAGGCCGCAGAUCUUUUACACUUUUUUCUUUUUGAAGUAUUUUAUCACACAGGACCAAGUCUCAUACUGGAUUCCUCUAUGUAUGUUCAAGACAGGACAAACAACAAACCCACUGGUGGUAUAAAUAUUCUCUGUCUGAUGACAAAACUCAAAGGAAACUUUAUUUCGAAGGAAAAGACAGACAGUACACCUUGGAAGCCAAAUGAGCUCAAUGGACGGGCCAGGCCAAAGCGUUGUUAUUGUGGUAAGAAAACACGAAAAAGACUCCAAUCAUUAACUCAGUUCAGCUGUAUUCACCUGUGGAUGGAUACCCUGGUUCUCAAUGUGGCAGGUCCAGAGACAAGACAAGACCGAGAGUCCUAGCCGAUGCAACCUGUCACAUAAUGUACUUUAUACAGCAUCAUUCACAGUAGCAACCCCCUUUCUCCUAAAGUGUGAAAAGUGGUUGCCCCAGAGAGCCACAAAGCCUUUGAGAUGACUCUCUGAUUGUCCUCCCCACACAUCCAAUCCUACACCCAGCCAGCUAUGAGCUUUCGCUACAUGUCCCCCUCCCCUCUCCUUCAAAGCCAUUGAUGGGUAUUUGUUUUGCACUAAAGUGAUGUCUCCCCCUGUAUUUUCCCUGUAUAUGCCUUCUGUUGCUAUACCUCCCUUCUCCUGCAGUCUUACCCUAAUCCCUAGCUUCAGCACGGUGCCUAACAUUCUGUCACUAAACACACAGACACACACACACACACACACUCUCUCAGUAUUACCACAAGGGGAUUUAAAGGAACCUAGAAAAUAGGAUGUCAUUCAAACACAUACGCAGAGAUGUGAUAUGGCUCACUUGAAAAAGAGAUGCCGAUCUCAAUGUGACUUUAAUGCUUAAAUAAAGGAUACAUAAAAGAUAUGCAGCAUAAUGAUAAUCAACUCUUUAUCACUGUGAAUGAGCCAGGCUUUGACCAGACGGUUGGUUUGGAUAAGGUGUAGAAUAGGGUUGGCUUUAGCUGGGAACGACAUGGAAAUGUUCCCCAGAGGGGUCGUGAUUGACAACAUGUAGAAGAAAGGGGAGCUUUUCCACACAGCCAGUGGUCCCCAGACUACUGACAAUCUCACACAGAAUCAGACUCACCAGCACCGCAGAUCACACUGCCUUCAGACACCAUCAAUCACACCAGCACAGCUGAUGGAUCCUCAGGCUCUCGCUGGCCAUCCUCGUGCCAGGACAGUGUGGAUACAAUCAACCGACAAAUGUUAUCUUAGGUAUGUCCUUCCACGCUACCCCCACAUUCUCCCAUUCUCCACACUGUUUCUAUUGCACCACCUUAACUAACCACACUACUAAACCAGGAAUAUCACCUACAUUCUAGAACUUAACACAUUUCUUCCCGGACACAAAUUAACUUCUUUAAAUGGAGAAUCUCCAUCGAACACGCUUCUUAGUCCAGAACUAGGCUUAAUCUGGGUCCAGGAAACUAGCCCCAAUCUCCCCCCUCCCCUUUAAGACAAUCUCAUGCUUUGCACUCACUCGCUUUAACCUCCCCAUAACUCCUUCCUCCCCACAACAUGGCUGUCUUGCUCCCCUCUGAACAUCCAAUCGAACCCCAAGCAAAAGCAGCACUUAGAGAGGAAAGGAAAUCCCAGGUAUAUGAAUGAUAUGUCGUCAUGAGGAAUGUAAAAAAAAUAUUAUAAUAAUAUUUCACCU